AUGCAAUUGUCAAUAUUAAUUGUGAGCCGUGCAGCUGCUGCUGAUGUGGCUCCUAAAACAUAUUGGAAAUCUGUGUUGCCAAACACUCCCAUCCCCAAAGCUGUCUCUGAACUUCUAAAUAUUGGUACUCGUGUUGAUAAAACCAGCUACAUUGUUGGUGAACAAGACGGCAAGCAUACAACAACGGACAGCCAUUUCAAUUUAGAUUCAGAAGGGGCGCUUCUUAUCCUCGAAAAGGACAUGUAUCAAGGCCACGCAAUGAACAUACAAUUCAUCACCGAGACAACCAGUCUUUCAUCAUCAACGUUUUUGCCACGUAAAGUAGCUAACACAAUACCCUUUUCAUCAAAGAACCUUCCCGAAUUGUACUCACGUUUCUCCAUCAAACCUGGGUCUAUAAAAUCCGAAUCAUUGGAAAAAACUAUCAAUUUAUGUGAAAAGAAAGGUAUCUCAAACACGUAUUGUGCAACUUGCUUAGAGGACAUGGUGGAUUUCACUACAUCUAAAUUAGGUAAAAAGGUAACAGCUAUCUCCACAGAGGUAAUUCACCCUAACAAAUUCCAAAAAUACACCAUAGACAGCUCAAGGAAGGUGGCAACAAAUAAAUUUGUGGUAUGUCACAAACUGAGCUACCCAUAUGCGGUAUUCUAUUGUCACAAAACCAUGAAUACUAGAGUGUAUUUGGUAUCUUUGGUGGGUGAAGAUGGAACAAAAGCUAAAGGACUUGCAAUAUGUCACGAUAACGGCGCAAAAUUGUAUCCUAAAGAUUUGGUGUUCAAGGUUUUGGGAGUGAAUCCCGGGACUACUCCAAUCUGUCAUUUCCUACCUGAAGAUCAUGUUGUCUUUGUCCCUUACUAA